AUGGCUGCCAAAGACGAAGCGGGGGAGACGAACAAUACGGCGAUUCUUCGAGUACCAAAAACCAACGAUGUAGCAGAGAAAGAACCAGAAGAGAUGGCCGAGAAAUACGAUCAGAUCAUCGACAAGCUUCAUCAUCUUUCAGUUCAGGUACAAAUCCACCGGCUCACGAAAAUUAUCGACAAUAUCCACAAGAGAGAUGAGGAGUGUAAACUUGAGAUUAGAAAGUAUGAUAGAAUGAUUAAGGAGACUGAGAAUUGCCAUAAAAGCGCGAAGAAACCUUGCGGCUCUUUGAAGUUGGCGUUAGCUACAAAUUCAGCAACUUUGAAGACAAAACGAGACUUGGCAGCGAGAUCGAACGACCUGGUUGACGAGCUUGAGGCAUGCAAAGCUUGGGUGGAUCGAUUUCACAUACAAAACGCCCUCUACGAAGAAAAAGUCAAAGUGGGACAGUGGCGAAUCGAAGUUUUCGACUUGAAGAUCAAGAGUUUGGCAGUUCAAAAGUCGUUGGACAAUAAUGCCGUGGAGAUCGAGGCCUGUCAUUCGAAAAUACUCCAGCUCAAGGCUACAUUGCCCCAAGGCAAUGAUAAUUCAUGCCAACCCGCAAUGAACGUCCUGAACACAAAGCACACCAGCCCGGAUAGCAUCGAACAUGAAAUGACUUCCAUGCUUGAAACACUCCAAGAUAUAACACGCUCGAUUCAAGCUUUGGUCGGGAAUCCACAAAACCCAAGUACAGAUCCUCCACAAAAGCUGCCGGUCACCCCACUGGCACAGCCGACGAUGCAAAUGGCAACUGGUCAGUCAGCACCUGCUUAUUCCGCAUAUGGACACGACGAAGCUCGACAAUUGAGAGAGCGCGUUGAACAAAGUAGGUAUCUAUUCCACAUAGGGAAAGAAGUCAGAGCACGUAAACUAGUGAUGGAUCUCGACGACCAAGACAGAAACAAUAAAGUCAAGCUCAGUGGCAACAGAAGCGCACAUGAAGGAAGUGUUCUAGCUGACGCCGCAUUAUGCAAGUUCUACAGAAGUUCGCUCGGGAACAGCGCCAAUAAGAUUGAUAUGGAAAAGAUCUACGGUGUAUCCGAAGAUGUGAUCUGGGAAAAUCGCGAAAAUUUGACUUUGAUAAAUAUUCUGGGGUGGAAAGGUGGUAUGGCGGAGUGGGAAAAGAAGGGACAUGUGACACCUGGUGAUAGAGAGAAGUUUGAUUUUGAUUUCAACAAGUUCUUGGAAGAAUUGAAGGAUAGCAACGGGGCUAUUGAUCAGAAGGCUUAUAACGAAAAGAGUCCAGACGAGACUGGAUAUCUUAGCCUCCUCGAAACGUACUACGCGGUUAAAGAAAGAAUGUCGAACCCUCCGCUUAGAAUUUGGGAAUGGUAA